AUGCAUAAUUCGCGUGCAAAUAAAGUAAAUAGUCAUCUUGAAUUUGAUAAUUUUAAAUCUUACGGUGCGACCUAUCCCGUAUGUGAUUUUUUCGAUAAUCUUGGUAAGUUGAACUGUCGCGUAACUAAUACAAAAGAUAUGAUUUCACCAAGAACAGAAGCCAAAUGGCAGCAAUGGUACGAAGAAGUUGAAUCAGAUGUAGGGUCUGAGUUAUAUAAAUGACGCUGCCUCUGAACACAGUUUGCAUGAUACUAAUACGGAGCAAUCCUCGGACUCUGAUGACGAGGAUAUUUGUUUACCUUUAUCUC